ACGAGAACUUUUCUAGUAGCACAGUAGGUUAUACUUGAAGUUUCUGAUAGCGGUUGUUGGUGAUAGUUGGUGACAUUAACACGACUGGGAGUAGGGACAAGAUGUUGGAUCUGGGUGUCAAUGUAGUGGCGACGCUCCUCUUCAUUGCGGAGUUCUACCACAUCAUCGGCCACAUCAUCAUCCUGUUCCGGUUGCGUAUGCUUCCUCGAAAGGACCUAGUCAGACUUCGGCCAUACUUCCUCAUAGAUGCCCUUACGGUUUUCAUAACAGCUUUUGUCUAUACGGGGACCAUGCGUUGGUUAGCUCUCCUACAGAACAUACAACAUCUCUAUUACUUCUUCACCUGGAACAAGAGUACUUAUACGAAGAAGGUCAUCAGCUGGAGUUCCUUGGAUUGGACACAAAGUUCAAACAGCAAGUUACGGUGGGAGUGGGAUGUGAUUCUUGGAACAUCUUUCGAUGUAGUAGUUCACAUGGUCAACUGCUACAUUCUUCUCCAGUUUAUGACAUCAGUGGAGACAAUCAUCGCGUUGAUUCUUGGCAAUGUUCUCUCGUUUGUGGUGCUUUGUAAUUCCAAGUUUGCUUGGGCCAGUCCCACAAAAGUCCCCGGGUGGGUGGGGCGGCGAAUUCAACCGGUCAACGAGAAGGAGUUGCGGCCUCCUGGAAUCGAUGUGCUUUUCAAUUAAUGAAAUUUUUAAAAAUGUUAAAUGUUCACGUAAAUUGCUUUGACUACCAUCCAAUGUUAAACUAGUAGCUAGCCAUGUUGAUAAUUAAAAUCGACUCUAGACUUUUGAUCAAGACACAAUCAGAAACCGGCUUUUAUGUCCGCUUAAAUCCUCCGCAAGAGUCAGCCGUGGUUUGAGGGAGACAUCAAAGAGUCUCAGCCGGUACAUAACUCAUAUACAAAACUAUCUAGUACCCAACUCUUGGACAACACCCUUGGUCAUGCCGACUUACCAGCGGUGAACAUCAAUCCUAGAGUCUCCUCCUUUCGUUAAGGAUGGAUAAUACACAAAACGCUGGUAGAUCGGCAUGAUCCUUGGUGUGGUUCCAACAAGUGAUGUCAGCCCUGUUCUAGGUCCCUGACGAAACUUCUACAGUUGGAAGUAAAAGCAUUUCCUCAAAUCUUCUUUUGUACCUGUGGGAUAUAGACCUACCCAAAUUUGAUAGCGGUACGGUGGUAUAAAUAUUAGUGAAGGCUGUGCCAUUAGUAAAAGAAAAAGGAGUCUGCAAAAGUUUACUAAAUUGCUGUAGUCAGUGUAAUGUUGCUCUUGUUUGCCAUAAUAAAAAAUUCUGAAAUUUUUUGUGUUAAAAGCAUUGGAAGUUUUGUUCUUGACAAGUUUGCUUUGGUCAUGUGGCAACAUUCCCAGGACGACGUGAAGUGCAUGUUCAAUAGUGUUCAAUAGUCAUGCAUGCUAAGCAUCGCUCGGCAUGCCAGUACAUCAAUGACACAUUAAUGGAAAUUCAGAGACCAGACAAUAUGUUAGCAUAAUCAACCCAAAUGGACCUGAUUGAGGUUUUUAAUA